CCUCUCCUUCAUAUUCAUCACUCUCUCAGCUCCUAAACCUCUCACCACACUCGUUCACUUACCCCCAAAAUCACUCCUCGCCGUCAGCGUUUCAAACUGCUGUUUGUACUCGCAUGGCGGCGCGGAAACAUCGCAUUCUGUCCGACGAUGAUGCGGAGUCUGAUGGUGCUGGCACCGUGGAUGCCCCUGUAGCCUCACACAGUCGUCCGUCCCGCCGGUCGAAGGAAGAGGCCAAACAGAAGUGGGAGUCGCUGGUUCCUGGGCAGGCCCGCAAGAAGAAACUGGGUGAUCUGCAGCCGGAGCCGCCAUCUGACGAGGACGACGAUGACGACCGCAGUACGACACACCGGCCCAAGUCCCACAAGUCAACUCCAGGGAAAGCGACUGCCGUCCACAAAGGCACCAGCACAUCGCGUGCGAAGUCUACCAGACAGAGCACUCCGCGUGCACCGGUUAUUGAUCCCCACGCAUCUGACGACGACGCCGACGAGCAGACACAAGCGGUGGGCUCGACCUCAAUGACACAGACCAAGCGUCCGCGUACAAGCGAUGAUAAGCGCGAGGCGCCCUCUCAGACCGAGAGAGGGCACAGUACCAAGUCGCACUCGCCCAGUCAAGAGCAGUCGGACUCAGAGGAGGGCGGCUCGUAUAACAGUUCGUCAUCAGAGUCAGACUCAGAGGGUGAGAAGUCGGACGAAGACGACGAACUCGAGGCAAUGGAGAAGAACCCCCGAGCGCUUGAGAAGAAGUUCGCGGAAGAGACUGCAUACUGGGUUGAACAGGAUGCAUCUCUAUCUCCCAGUCAUCGCAAGUCCCGUUCCGCGGCACGGGAGGCUUCGUCUACGAGAAGUCGGUCCCUUAGCACGCACCUAGCGCCGCCAAUCUCGCGAUCUCCGAGUCCCACCUCUUCUAAUGAAGUUGAGCAUCCGAAGUCUCAGUACCGCAAGGCCCACGGAAACGAUGCGGACCGUCCGACUACGAGCAAGAAACGUCCUGCGCGUGAGCAUAGCGAUGCCGAAGACGAUACAACUUCACCGCCUCCGAAGAAGAUGCCGAAGCCGCAUGGAGUGCAUCGUGCUGAUAAAGAGCGCGCUCAGAAGCAUGGCACUUCCCAAUCCCAGGCUGCGGCCGGCAAGAGCUCUGUGAAGCGCAAGGAGGCGCCCAAUAUGCAGCAUCACGCUAGCAAGGACACUCGGAAGCGUGUGGCCGCGAAGCGCCAGGAUGAGAUCCCGAAGUUCGUGAAACCCAAUGCCGUGAGUGAUACCUCUACCAACUCGAAGCGUCGACCCGAAGUGAAAGAAAAGAAAUCGGUUGCGCCAUCCAAGUCUCACCCGAAGAAGCGCACGUCUCACGCGCUGGAUUCCGACGAAGACUCAUCUGUGGAAGACGCGUCGGGGACGGAUUCCGAUUCCGAGGACUCCGGGAUCGAGAUUGUGCUGCCGCAACGUGGUAAGCUGAAGCUCACAGAUCAGCACCGUCGGGUCCGUCGGGUCGUCAAACACAGCAUAUACACGAUGCUUGUCGACAUCGGGCUCAAGAAUGCGUUCCCAGAUGGUCCACAGAAGCAGGGCAAGAUUGUCCACCGCGCACUCACCAGUGCUGCGGGCGAGUAUGGGUACGACGAUAUUCUCAAGCGCUUGAAGAAGCAAGAUGAAUACGCGUCUGCGUUAUCCAAGAUUCCCUCUCAGCGUAUCCCAACCUUCCGCAGUAACGUCCGGAAGCUCGCCGAAGGCCAACCAUGCACCGCGUUCGGCCUGAUGUCCCGUGACAAGGACAAGGGCGACUGGCUUCAGGAAGGGUUCCGAUACAUAUACCCCUUCGAUUACGAGAACAAGUCUAUCACGGCCGGCAAACCGUACAGUCCCCCCGUCUUCCUCGAGAUUCUCCGUGUUGCGUUCUUCAAGCGGCCGUCAAGUUUGGGCUUCAAGAUCUGCAAGUACUUCGAGUCCUCGCUUCCCGACAAGCCUGACGAGAAGGAGCUACCCGCGUCCUUGCUCGCACUCGUCGCCACAGCACUUCAUGCCGCCAUUGAAGACUGCAAGCACGGCCAUGUACAACCUCGCGACUUCACAUCCAACGAUUACUGGGGCGUCUAUAAGGACCACAUGCAAGAGCUCUCGACGAUCCGUACGCGCGGACCGGUCCAAUACCAUGUCUUGAUGCACGGGUUUUGGCGCCAGCUCAGUUCGCCCAUCGGCAACCCGGGUCAGGCCGGAGCUCCACGCAAGAGUUUCCUUGACGUCGCAGCUAUGGACGUCGACUAGUUUGCAGUCCAUUACGCUGACAGGCGGUGCGCACGAUCUCAUCCGCCUUGAUACCCUCGCUCGAUCAUCUCGCUUCUAGUUCUCAUCCUACUAUACAUUUCUGCACCUGUGUCUCUCUCUAAUACCUACGCUUGUGCUGUACUGCGCGUCCUGUCUUUACUCCGUCAUAUCAUGGACAAUCCACACCUCUAAUACAUCAAUUGGUCACUGC